AAUUAAUCACAUAAUUUCUUGGUUCAAUCAGUAGUUCUGGUUUCCUUUCUCCUGUACUAAAAAUCUUAAACUACAAUGCAACCACUCAUUCUUCUACUCCUUCCUGAAAAUCUUAUCUCAAGUCAGAUCAAUUCCUAACAUCCGAGUUCCCAACAAACAAGCCAACAGUGGAUAGUAUUCACCACAUAACUCAGGUUCUUCUUUUCACCUCCAUUAUCAUGUCGGAUCCUUGACUGAAACAUUUUAGAGUUAACACUUCAUUUCGGACCAAAAAUGUGGAUAUUUUUUCUUAAAAUAGAGGAGUCAUUUGUAUCAUAAGUUCAUAACCGACUAAAAUAAAUGUCAAUCUGGACGCAUAAACUGGUAUGGACACUUGGAUAUAUACACCGGUAUAAGCACUUGGAUACAGUUGCUAUGUACUCCUUCAAGCUCCUUCGAGCUCCUUAAUUUGUUGUUCUUCUUUCUAUUCCUCCUAUAUAUUUAAGCUGCAAGAUUCCUGUCACUCCAGGUGAUGCAGAACACUAAAGAAAUGACUACUGUUCUUCAGUUCUUACAAAUUCUUUGUUUUCAUCCCCUCUCCCUCCCGUUCAUAAUCUUCUUAAUCUUCCUCUACAAAUGGAUAAAUAAAAGUCCUGCCGGAAGCAGAAAACUGCCGCCCUCCCCGAGAAAGUUGCCCAUCUUAGGCAACCUUCACCAGCUUGGAAAAUUCCCACACCGCUCUCUACACUCCUUGUCCAAACAAUAUGGAGAAAUGAUGUUGAUUCACAUCGGAAGCACUCCCUUUCUUGUUGUCUCAUCUGCAAGGGCAGCUAGCGAGAUCAUGAAGACCCAUGAUAUCAUCUUCUCCAACAGACCUACAUCAAACAUUACGAACAAGAUCGUCUAUGAUGGAAGAGAUAUAGUCUUUUCACCUUAUGGAGAAUAUUGGAGGCAGCUAAGGAGCAUAUGUGUCCUGCAAAUCUUGAGUAACAAAAAGGUUCAAUCUUUCCAGAAGGUCAGAGAAGAAGAGGUCAAUCUGGUGGUUAACAUAAUCAAGAAUUCAGAACAUUCCCCGGUGAAUUUAAGUGAGAUUUUCAUUAUGUAUUCAAGCAAUGUGUUGUGUAUGACAACCUUUGGAAAGAAGUAUGCUGGAGAAGUAGGUACUAAUUUCAAGCAGCUUUUAAAGGAGUUAGGAGAGGUCAUGGCAGUGUUCAGUAUGGGAGAUUUCAUACCCUGGCUUGGUUGGAUUGAUCGACUCACUGGUCUGGAAGCUCGGGUGGACAAAGUUUCCAAAGAGUUUGAUGAGUUCCUUGAGCAUGUACUCCAAGAGCAUCUAAAUUGCAGGACUGAAAAAGAAGAGAAUUUGAAGGAUUUUGUUGAUCUUUUGCUGGUUGUUCAAAAGGAAAAAGCAGCUGCCCUUCACAUGGACAGGAACAGCAUUAAAGCCAUUGUAUUGGAUAUGUUUGCUGCCGGGUCUGACACAACUUAUUCACUACUAGAGUGGGCAAUGACAGAGCUGUUGAGGCAUCCCCAAGUGAUGAAGGAACUGCAAAAUGAGGUAAAAGGAGUUGUUCAUCAAAAAGCAAUGGUAUCUGAAGAUGAUUUGGAAAAGAUGAAGUACUUGAAAGCAGUGAUCAAAGAGGUACUUAGGCUACAUCCUCCGCUCCCAAUGGUGUUUCGGGAAUCCUCCCAGGAUGUCAAAAUAAAUGGGUACGACAUUGCUGCAAAGACACAAGUAAUCAUAAAUGCAUGGGCAAUACAAAGAGACCCAAACUAUUGGGAAGAGCCUGAGAAAUUCCGUCCAGAGAGAUUUCUGAACUCUUCAGUAGACUUUAAGGGGCAGGAUUUCCAAAUGAUUCCCUUCGGAGCAGGCAGAAGAGGCUGCCCAGGGAUAUCCUUUGCUUCAGUUACUGCUGAGAUAGCAUUAGCAAAUCUUGUUUACUCGUUUGAUUGGAAAUCAGCAAAUGUAGCUGAAGAUGAGACUUCUGAAGUGCCGGAAAACCCGGGCAUAACAAGCAACAGACGGGAUCCUCUUAUAGCCAUUGCAACAUUGAAUUCUUGCAGCUAGAAACAUCCUGGGUAUAACUAACCAAGAACUGACUUUUGAACCAUCAGAUGCACAAGACAGUAGACCCAACUGUUUCAAUCAUCCAACAAACCAGUUAAUAAUUAUGUAUUCAGUAUAAUGUGACAAUGUGAGAUGUUGUUUGUAAUCAUCUUUAUUUUCUGGCAUACAGCAAUAAUAAGUGAUAAUGCAACAAUGUUAUAUGAA